UUAUUUUUGCUUCAGCGGGGAAAUGGAAAAAAAUCGGUGUGUGUGAUCACCACAAAAUUGUUUGACAUUCUUAGCGACGGGGAGUAAAGCUCGGAGAUUAAUAUGUUUGCGCUUUUUUUACAUCUCGAUUUCCAUAAUACGUCUAUUUUCGCCAUUCGAUUUUUACGUAACUAUACACACCAUGAACAUUGUUUGAGAUGAUCGUCAGUGUGUUUGGUUGAAACUGAACGCAAGAAAAACUGAAGUAAUGUCUGUAGUUCGAGCAAGAAGCAACAACUUCUUUGAUUUCGGCGGAUGUGGGGAGAAUGUCGACUCGGAAUUAUACUUAAAUACGACUUAUAACAAAAAGCCAUGGUACAAAUCUCGGUUGCUAAGCAUACUUUGUGUUGCUUGGCUCAUGUUAACCAUUUGCCUUGGCAUUAUGAUGACCAUAACAUUACUUCAACCACAAUGGAUCGGACGUGAUCGCCUUGGUGUGAGAGCUAGUUUUGGUCUUUAUCGAAUAUGUUCGUGGGUUCGAACCGGUAACUGCGAAGGCAGCAUGGAUGAGUUCUCCCACAUCCCAUCUUUGGCGUGGAAAUCUGCCUCCGUGCUAGUGUUGCUUGCCACUACCACGUGUUUCUUGGCCGUCUUCGUUUGGACAAUGUUCUGCUUAUGUUUUGUGGAUCGUGCUCGUUUUGGAUUUCGCAUUUGCAGUCUGCUUUUGUUCACAGCAGGAAUACUAUUUCUCGCGGCGAUAUUGAUCUACCCGGCCGGUCUCGAAGCCAAAGAAGUGCGGACGGUCUGCAGUGAACGUGCAGAUUCAUACAAACUUGGUGAGUGUAAGAUGAUGUGGGUCUAUUGGCUCGCUAUCUCAUGUGCUGUGGAUGCAUUCAUUCUGUCAAGUCUCGCUUUGCUUAUUAUCGUAAAGGACGACAAGUUAUUACAAAGCAAACAGAGAUCUUCCGUAAUACUGAAUGGCGGGACAAUUGAGCUUAAGACGGGAACUCUUGGAAGAAACACAUCGUCCAUUUAAGCGAUUGUUGGUGUUGUUACACAGUCUAGUUUUGACAUUUUUUCAUACUCAUGUAGAUAGAGCGUGUUUAUGAUUUACGAAUACCAUAUACAUUACUAUAGCAUAUGCACGCCCAUAAUUGUCCCUUUUCAUAAAUUAUGUAGCUAUAAAAGUCGAAUUUUGUAUUUGCGAUUCUUAAAAAAACUUAACUGUCGCUAAGUUAAUUAAAAUCUGUAUUGCUGUUUUA